AUGUGGUUAAAUAUUAAAAUUAACGGCAAGUCCCUUGUCUUCGGUACUGCUUAUCGUCCCCCAUGGUUGAGCGUGACAUUAUUUCUGGACGCGCUGAGCGAGUCCUUAGGUUCUUUUGUAGGCUACGAUCAAACAGUGCUGCUUGGGGAUUUUAAUAUCGACAUUUUGAAUAAAAAUUGUGUUAGUACCAAAAUGCUUUCGGACUUCCUAACAUGCAAUAACCUCGUGCAAUAUGUUGAGGAACCAACACACUUUACUGAAUAUAGUGAGACACUGUUAGAUGUUAUAUGUUCAGAUGCAUCGGUGUCAUAUAUAAGUGUGGACUAUAUUAGUGACCUCAGUAGCCAUGCCUUUAUUGUAUGUGAACUUGACAUUCCCAAGCCUAAGUUUCAGCCUGAAAGCGUCACGUAUAGAUCUUUAAGGGAUAUAGACAUAAACCUUUUCAACCAAGAUUUAAAACAAAUUAACUGGCACUGUGCAUUGUCACAUAACAUAAACGAUAUGAUUGAUUCUUUUAACAAAAAAUUAUUAAAUAUCUUUAAUUUUCACGCCCCUCCUAAAACUGUCUAUAUAAAAAAAAAGUAUUAUCCAUGGAUAACGCAUAACAUAAGAUGUAUGAUGAGGACAAGCAACGAGGCUCAAGUGAGAGCCCGGAAAACAAAACUUGCUCCACAUAAGGAUUAUUAUAGGGAACUAAAAUCAAUAGUUAAUAAAGCGAUAGUUUCAGAAAAGAUUGCCUACUUCAAAUUUUAUAUUAAUUCAAAACUAAAUCAACCUAAAAUAAUGUGGAAGCACAUUAAACACCAAGUUCAAAUAAAAAGUAAGGAUACUUCUUUGCCAUCCCAUUUCAGUGACCCUGAUGCUUUAAACAAUCAUUUUCUUAAUAUUCCUGGUAAAAAUGAAGUCUCAUUGUCUCUUCUCACUUUCUUUGAAUUUAAUGGCACUAAUGGUAACUCUUUUUAUUUCAAAGAAGCCUCGGAGGAUGAGGUUGUUAAAGUUAUAAACUCUUUGCAGUCUAAUGCAGUGGGGUGCGAUGGCAUUUCUCUUGAUAUGUUAAAGUUAUUACCUAAAGAUGUUAUUACAGAAAUAACAUACAUAAUUAAUAAAUCUUUUGCGACAAAUACCUAUCCGGAUGUCUGGAAAAAAGCCAUCGUUAAACCUAUACCAAAAACUAGUAACCCUGUUUCUAUGUCGGAUCUCAGGCCAAUUAGUAUUCUACCAUGCCUUUCUAAAAUAAUAGAAAAGCUUGCAUGUAAUCAGCUAACAAAGUACCUUGAAGCAAAUAACAUCCUUCCUGAGCUGCAGUCUGGCUUUAGAAAGAAGCACAGCACUACCACAGCGCUUAUAGAGGUCGUGGAUGAUAUACUGACUGCACAAGCCAGUGGUGAGGGUACUAUUUUAACAUUACUUGAUUUCUCGCGCGCCUUUGAAACCCUCAAUAUCCCAUUACUUCUUUCAAAAUUAUAUUUUUAUGGUUUAAGCAGAAACGCAACCCAAUGGUUUGCCAGUUACUUUAAAAAUAGGUCACAGCAAGUUGAAAUACAAUUAAAUGGAAAAGGUAAAACUAUUUCUGGGGAGCGACCUGUGAACCGAGGAGUACCGCAAGGAUCCAUUUUAGGUCCCUUACUUUUUAUAAUAUAUAGUGCAGACAUUAUUAAAAAUAUAGAGUAUUGUAAGUACCACAUGUACGCUGACGACUUACAGAUAUAUAUAUCUGUUUAA